AGUUUUCAUGUUCACGAACUUGUAGAGAGAGAGAGAGAGAGAGAGAUGGCUUGCAGUGACGGUAUCAAAGUAGUAGCAGAGCAAAAUUGUACUGCAGAAGAAGUGGUGAUUGAUAUCGACGAAUCUGUGGCUGCUAUGCGAAGCCGUCUUGAGCAAAACAGACGAGGUGUUCCAACAACAAAAAAUAGGAGAUCUGUGUGCAUAUACAAAGUUCCUCCCGGCCUCACCGGAAUCAGCCCAAAAUCCAUUCAGCCUGAAAUCGUCUCCAUCGGGCCAUACCACCGCGGCAAAAAGGAAUUAUCGGAAUUCGAGAGCUACAAAUGGUGGUUUCUUGACGGCCUCCUUUGGCGAACAAAGCGCGACCUAAAAGACUACAUAGGAGCCAUGAGCAGGUUGGAGGAAAUCACGAGAAGUUGCUAUUCCGACCACCAGGAGUUGAGCGUUAGUGAAUUUGUUGAAAUGAUGGUUCUUGAUGGGUGCUUUAUCAUUGAGCUUUUUCGAUAUGUUUGUGAAAGUAGUGGCGAUGAUCACGUUGUUGAUGAAAAUGAUCGGGAUGGCAACCCCAUCUUAGCCAUGCCAUGGUUGAUUCCAAUUCUCAUGAGGGACCUCCUCAAGCUUGAAAAUCAACUCCCUUUCUUCGUCCUCGAAAGAUUAUACGACAUCUCAUCGGAUCAACGUAAAGGUGGGGAUCCACUAAGCCUUCUUGCGGUUAAGUUCUUCAGUAACUCAUUGCCUAGGCCUCCUCAAGUCCUUAAAAACUCAAGAAUGAUGGAGGCCGAGCACUUGCUUGACUUGUUUCACUUAACCUUCCUUCCCCUCCAAUGCACUUCAAAUGAUCAGUACUCUUCUCAAAAGUUAUGUCAUCCAUCCUUGAAGUCAAUCCAGUGUACCACAGAACUACGAUCCUCGGGGAUCAAGUUCAAGGCACGCAAAGCAGCGGACAGCUUCUUGGAGAUCAAUUUCCGAAAUUGGGUUCUAGAUAUCCCACCUUUAACCAUCAAUGACUUCACCACUACUUUCAUCAUCAAUUGUUUGGCCUUAGAACAAUGUCGCCAAUACACAGGUACGUGGUUCAGCACUUAUAUUACUUUCAUGAGCUGUCUCCUGACUUCUACUAGAGAUGUCAAGUUACUAUGUUCCGAUGGGAUCAUCAGUACCGGCUUCUCACUGAACGACCAAAGCGUAGCUGAGCUGUUCAGAAAGUUGGGGGAAAAUGCUGGCUUAGAAAUAAGAGACUGCUACCUUUCCGAGCAAUUCAGAGAUGUGGAGUCCUACUACAGCAGCCACUGGGCCACUCUCAUGCGGACCUAUUUUGGCAGGCCAUGGUCCUUCAUUUCAGUUUUUUACGCCUUCAUCCUCCUUGUCCUCGUAGCUGCCCAAACUGCUAUGGCUAUCAUGAGCUACUACAACAAUUAAAAGAACAUGAAGAGAAAAUUGCAUGCGCCGAGUAUGUAUAUUGAAGGUAGAGGAGAAAGAACACUGGUGAUAUUUGAAGAUACGUGAUUUGUCUGCUUGAUUUGCUGGACCUGUAGUAAUCUCUUCAAUAUUUUGGUAAAGGCGGCUCCUUUAGCUACUCAAGGUUUUGAAGAAAGUCUUGCUCAUAACAUUUUGUGGCCGAUUUAUAGAACUUCGUUUAGUCAUCGACCUUUAUAAAAACUGAUCUGUGAUAGAUCAGUUAUAGUUUUGGGUGUGCGGCGCGUGCCCUAGAUUCUGAGUCCCAAGUAUUGAAGGCAUGCGCAUCAAGGCAUAUAUUGAAAGAUCAUAUGCCAUGGACUCUUGAUGGUCAAUCAACACCAGUGGCGUAUCCAUGGGGUAUGAGCGUGCAGAACAGAGGAAGAAGAAAACAAGGAAAAAAAAGGGUUUGAAAGUGUUUUUGAGUUGUGUUCUUGAGAAUGAAUCAAUCAAACGACACUCAAAAAGUGUUUUUGAGUUUAAAACUCUGGAUUUGAGUUGAAUACCAAGUGGGCCUUUAGGCUCUUGUAAAUAGUUUGAGGAUCAAAUUGAAACUCAAGUCAUAAUUUAGCGGUCAAUGCUCCAAUUCAUUUUAUGUAUAAAUGCAUUUUGAGUGGUAAUGCCAAUGUCCCUCAAUUGAGUGUA